GUGAAAUACUGAUUUUUGAGGUGGGUCUCUGAGAAAUCCUCGCACAAAUGGAGAACUGCGCAAUGUCGGAGUCGGCACUGUCUUCGCCGGCGCCGGAAAUUGGAGUAGCGGUGUUUCUGUUGAAAGGGAAUAAAGUGCUUUUGGGUCGGCGGCGAUCCUCCAUGGGCCACAACACCUUUGCCGUUCCCGGUGGCCACCUCGAGUUCGGGGAAAGCUUCGAGGAAUGUGCGGCCAGAGAACUGAUGGAGGAAACUGGUUUGGCAAUAGAGAACAUUGAGUUCUUAACCGCCACCAACAAUGUCUUCUCAGAUGCAGGAAAACCAGUGCAUUUGGUUGUUGUCUUCAUGCGUGCAGUGUUGGCAGAUCCUGAUCAACUACCCCAAAAUCUCGAGCCUGACAAGUGUUAUGGUUGGGAUUGGUAUAACUGGAACAACCUCCCAGAACCACUCAUCCAACCAAUAGAAUCUGUAGUGCGGACUGGAUUUGAUCCCUUCCCUGCUCAUGAAAAACAGUGAGACAUUGCUCAUUUGCUCUGCUCUACAGGCAGCUUUCAGAUGACUGGAAUUUACUCCCUCUUGUUGGUCGGUUUUGCUGGGAAAUCUCACAACUUGAUAGUAUUGGAGCAACAAACUCAGGAGUGGUAAUCUUAUUGUCUCUCCGACAUGUUGAAUAAACCUAUGUAAACGGUUAUGACUUGAUAAAUAAGUGGUUGCUAAAUGGGAGGUUUCAAUCAUUGUUAUUUUCUUUCAUGUUCCAUGGAAUCAAAG